CAGAUUUUGGAUCUUUGUUUGACUUGGAAAAUGAUCUUCCUGAUGAGCUGAUCCCCAAUGGCGAGUUGGGCCUUUUAAAUAGCAGUGGGAACCUCGUUCCAGAUGCAGCUUCCAAACACAAACAACUUUCUGAACUUCUGAGGGGAGGCAGCGGCUCUUCCUUAAACCCAGGAAUUGGAAAUGUGAACUCAAACAGCCCUGUGCAGCAGGGAGUCGGGAGUCAAGUGCAAGGGCAGCCGAACAGUGCGAGUAUCGGUAAUCUGGGUGCUAUGGGUAAGAGCCCGUUAAACCAGGGAGACUCUUCUGCUUCAGGCCUGGCAAAGCAAGUUGCCAGCACCUCUGGACCUACCACACCUGCAUCACAAACACUGAACUCUCAAGCACAAAAACAAGUGGGGAUGGUGACGAGCAGCCCUGCAACAUCACAGACUGGACCUGGAAUAUGUAUGAAUACUAAUUUCAGUCAGACACACCAGAGCCUUCUCAACAGUAAUUCUGGUCACAGUUUAAUGAAUCAGCCUCAGCAAGGACAAGGGCAGGUAAUGAAUGGAUCUCUUGGGGCAGCUGGAAGAGGAAGGGGAGCAGGAAUGCAAUAUUCUGCCCCUGCCAUGCAGGGGAAUGCAGGCAGUGUGCUGGCAGAGACUUUAACCCAAGUAUCUCCACAGAUGGCUGGUCACACCGGGCUGAACACAGCACAGACAGGAGCAAUAGCAAAAAUGGGAAUGACAGGUAACACUAGCCCCUUCGGGCAGCCCUUCAGUCAAACUGGAGGGCAGCAGAUGGGAGCGACGGGAGUGAAUCCCCAGUUACCAAACAAGCCGGGCAUGGCCAACAGUUUGUCUGCCUUCCCCACUGACAUCAAGAGUACUCCAGUCACCAGUGUGCCCAAUAUGUCCCAGAUGCAAACCCAAGUACAGCAAGUGGGGAUUGUACCAACGCAGGCCAUGGCAACUGGACCAACAGCAGAUCCGGAGAAGCGCAAACUGAUCCAGCAGCAGCUGGUUUUGCUGCUUCAUGCCCACAAAUGUCAGAGGCGUGAGCAGGCGAACGGAGAGGUGCGAGCCUGUGCCCUGCCACACUGCCGAACCAUGAAGAACGUCCUCAAUCACAUGACGCACUGCCAGGCUGGGAAGGCCUGUCAAGUUGCUCAUUGUGCUUCUUCGAGACAAAUCAUCUCCCACUGGAAGAAUUGUACUCGGCACGACUGUCCUGUGUGCCUUCCCUUGAAAAACGCCAGUGACAAGAGAAACCAACAGCCCCUCUUAGGGUCUCCAGCUGGUGGAAUGCAAAAUUCCAUUGGUUCAGUUGGAACAGGCCAGCAGAAUAAUCCAUCGCUCAGUAAUCCUAAUCCGAUUGACCCCAGCUCCAUGCAACGAGCCUAUGCUGCUCUAGGACUCCCAUAUGGCAACCAGCCUCAGACACAGUUGCAGCCCCAGGUACAAGGCCAACAGCCAGCACAGCCUCAGGCUCACCAGCAAAUGAGGACCAUUAAUGCAUUGGGAGCCAACCAGAUGAACCUUCCCACAGGAGGAAUAACAACAGACCAGCAAGCUAGUCUAAUUUCUGAAACUGCUCUUCCAACAUCCCUUGGGACAAAUAACCCACUAAUGAAUGAUGGCACAAAUUCUGGCAAUGUUGGAAACCUCAGCUCAAUGCCAACGGCUGCACCUCCUUCUAGUACCGGGGUAAGGAAAGCAUGGCAUGAACAUGUCACUCAGGACCUGCGCAAUCAUUUAGUGCAUAAACUUGUCCAGGCCAUCUUCCCCACUCCGGAUCCCGCAGCACUGAAGGAUCGCCGCAUGGAGAACUUGGUGGCUUAUGCAAGGAAAGUUGAAGGAGAUAUGUAUGAAUCUGCCAACAGUAGGGAUGAAUACUAUCACUUAUUAGCAGAAAAGAUCUAUAAGAUACAAAAGGAGCUGGAAGAGAAGCGGAGGUCUCGUCUGCAUAAACAAGGGAUCUUGGGAACGCAGCCAGCCUUACAGACGCCGGGACCUCAGCCCCCUGGCAUCCCACAGGUGGCUGCUGCCAUGGGCCAGGCACAGCCUGUGAGGCCUCCCAAUGGGCCUAUGUCCAUGACAACUGUGCCUAUAAGUCGUAUGCAGGUUUCUCAAGGAAUGAAUCAGUUUAACCCCAUGUCCAUAGGGAAUGUACAGAUGCCACAAGCACCCAUGGGACCCCGAGCAGCUUCUCCAAUGAACCAUCCUGUACAGAUGAACAACAUGGGCGCUGUUCCUGCGAUGGCAAUGUCUCCUUCCCGAAUGCCUCAGCCACAGAACAUGAUGGGAGCCCAUUCCAACAACAUGAUGGGUCAGGCUCCUACCCAGAACCAAUUCCUGCCCCAGAAUCAGUUUCCAGCUUCCACAGGGGCUAUGAAUGUGAACAACGUGGGCAUGGGUCAGUCAGCAGCCCAGGCAGGGGUGGCACAGCAGGGGCAGGUUCCCAGUGCUGCUCUUCCCAACUCCAUGAACAUGCUAGGACCACAGAGUGGUCAGCUAUGCCCGCCAGUGACCCAGCCACCUCUGCAUCAGACUACACCUCCUGUGUCCACUGCUGCUGGGAUGCCGCCUAUUCAGCACCAAACACCAACUGGAAUGACUCCUCCUCAGCCAGCAGCACCCGCUCAGCCAUCCACACCAGUCUCAUCUUCAGGACAAACCCCUACACCGACCCCGGGUUCUGUUCCCAACGCGACCCAGACACAGAGCACGCCUACGGGGCAGACUGCAGCACAGGCUCAAGUCACACCGCAGCCUCAGACCCCGGUUCAGCCCCAGUCUGUGCCAACCCCGCAGCCAUCCCAGCAACAGCCAACAUCUGUGCAGGCACAGCCACCUGGCACUCCACUAUCCCAGGCAGCAGCUAGUAUUGAUAACAGGGUCCCCACCCCUGCCUCAGUUGCUAGUGCUGAUACGAAUUCCCAGCAACUAGGACCAGAUGCACCAAUGCUAGAAAGCAAAUCAGAAGUUAAAACUGAAGAAACUGAGCCAGAGACUAGUGAGACACAAGUGGAAGCUAAGACUGAGGUGGAGGAGGAUUUACAAGGAUCUGCACAAACAAAAGAGGAAACAGAUGGAGCUGAACUGAAACAAGAGCCAAUGGAAAUAGAAGAAAAGAAGCCUGAAAUAAAAGUAGAUGUUAAGGAGGAAGAGGAAAGUGGCACUAAUGGAACCACUUCGCAAUCCACAUCACCAUCUCAGCCCCGCAAAAAAAUUUUCAAACCCGAGGAGCUGCGCCAGGCGCUCAUGCCUACGCUGGAAGCCCUGUACCGGCAGGACCCGGAGUCCCUGCCUUUCCGGCAGCCUGUGGAUCCCCAGCUCUUAGGGAUUCCGGACUACUUCGAUAUUGUGAAGAACCCUAUGGACCUUUCAACCAUUAAACGUAAAUUGGAUACGGGGCAGUACCAGGAGCCCUGGCAGUACGUGGACGAUGUUUGGCUGAUGUUCAACAACGCCUGGCUUUACAAUCGCAAGACUUCCAGGGUCUACAAGUUUUGCACUAAACUCGCGGAGGUGUUUGAACAAGAAAUUGAUCCCGUUAUGCAAUCCCUUGGCUACUGUUGUGGGCGCAAGUAUGAGUUUUCUCCACAGACCUUGUGCUGCUAUGGCAAGCAGCUGUGUACUAUCCCUCGUGAUGCUGCCUAUUACAGCUACCAGAAUAGGUAUCACUUCUGUGAGAAGUGUUUCACUGAAAUCCAGGGGGAGAAUGUCACCCUGGGUGAUGACCCUUCCCAGCCUCAAACAACCAUCUCUAAAGAUCAGUUUGAGAAGAAGAAGAACGACACGCUAGAUCCCGAGCCGUUUGUUGACUGCAAAGAGUGCGGUCGGAAGAUGCACCAGAUUUGUGUAUUACAUUAUGAUAUUAUUUGGCCUUCAGGGUUUGUUUGUGACAAUUGUCUGAAGAAAACUGGUAGAACACGGAAGGAAAACAAGUUCAGUGCUAAAAGGCUGCAGACCACUCGCUUAGGAAACCAUUUGGAAGACAGAGUGAACAAGUUCCUGCGGCGGCAGAAUCACCCUGAAGCCGGAGAAGUCUUUGUCAGAGUGGUGGCAAGUUCAGAUAAGACAGUAGAAGUGAAACCAGGGAUGAAAUCCAGAUUUGUGGAUUCUGGUGAGAUGUCGGAAUCCUUCCCUUACCGUACCAAAGCUCUGUUUGCGUUCGAGGAGAUAGAUGGAGUAGAUGUCUGCUUCUUUGGCAUGCACGUGCAGGAGUAUGGCUCGGACUGCCCCCCUCCAAAUACCAGACGUGUGUACAUAUCGUAUCUAGAUAGUAUUCAUUUCUUCCGCCCCCGUUGUCUCCGAACUGCAGUUUAUCAUGAAAUCCUCAUUGGAUAUUUGGAGUACGUGAAGAAACUUGGGUACGUGACAGGACACAUCUGGGCCUGUCCCCCAAGUGAAGGAGAUGACUAUAUUUUUCAUUGCCAUCCACCCGAUCAGAAAAUUCCCAAGCCCAAACGCUUACAAGAAUGGUAUAAGAAGAUGCUGGACAAGGCAUUUGCUGAGAGAAUCAUCCACGACUAUAAGGACAUCUUCAAGCAAGCAACCGAAGACAGGCUGACAAGUGCCAAGGAGCUGCCUUACUUUGAAGGUGAUUUCUGGCCCAAUGUGCUGGAGGAAAGCAUUAAAGAGUUGGAACAGGAGGAGGAGGAAAGGAAGAAGGAAGAAAGCACUGCAGCUAGUGAAACAACAGAGGGAAGCCAGGGUGACAGCAAAAACGCCAAGAAAAAGAACAACAAAAAAACCAACAAGAAUAAGAGUAGCAUCAGCAGAGCUAACAAGAAGAAACCCAGCAUGCCAAACGUGUCCAACGAUCUGUCCCAGAAGCUGUAUGCCACCAUGGAGAAGCAUAAAGAGGUCUUUUUUGUGAUUCAUUUACAUGCUGGGCCUGUAAUUAACACUCUGCCACCCAUCGUGGACCCCGACCCCCUGCUGAGCUGCGACCUGAUGGACGGGCGGGAUGCCUUCCUCACCUUAGCCAGAGAUAAGCACUGGGAGUUCUCCUCGCUGCGCCGAUCCAAGUGGUCCACGCUCUGCAUGCUGGUGGAGCUCCAUACCCAAGGGCAGGAUCGCUUUGUUUAUACGUGCAAUGAGUGCAAGCAUCACGUGGAGACCAGGUGGCAUUGCACUGUCUGUGAGGACUACGACCUCUGCAUUAACUGCUACAACACUAAGAGCCAUGACCACAAGAUGGUUAAGUGGGGCCUGGGUCUGGAUGAUGAGAGCAACAGCCAAGGGGAGCAGCAGUCCAAGAGCCCCCAGGAGUCGCGCCGGCUGAGCAUCCAGCGCUGCAUUCAGUCCCUGGUCCACGCCUGUCAGUGCCGCAACGCAAACUGCUCGUUGCCAUCCUGCCAGAAGAUGAAACGGGUUGUCCAGCACACCAAGGGCUGCAAGCGCAAGACCAACGGCGGCUGUCCGGUGUGCAAACAGCUCAUAGCUCUUUGCUGCUACCAUGCCAAACACUGCCAAGAGAACAAAUGCCCCGUGCCAUUCUGUCUCAACAUCAAACACAAGCUUCGGCAGCAGCAGAUCCAGCACCGCCUGCAGCAGGCUCAGCUCAUGCGCAGAAGGAUGGCUACCAUGAACACCCGAAACGUGCCUCAGCAAAGUUUGCCUUCUCCUACCUCAGCAACGCCUGGUACCCCCACGCAGCAGCCAAGCACGCCGCAAACACCGCAGCCUCCUCCCCAGCCCCAGCCCUCCCCUGUAAGUAUGUCACCGGCUGGCUUUCCCAAUGUGUCCAGAACUCAGCCCCCCACUACCGUUUCAACGGGAAAACCCGCGAACCCGGUGGCCGCGCCUCCGCCUCCGGCUCAGCCGCCGCCGGCCGCGGUGGAAGCGGCUCGGCAGAUCGAGAGAGAGGCUGCCCAGCAGCAGCAGCAGCAGCUCUACAGGGUCAACAACAUCAACAAUGGUUUGCCUCCUGGUCGCCCGGGGCUAGUAAACCCGGCGGUGGGUUCGGUGAACCAGAUGCCGCAAGUCAGCAUGAAUGUACCCCGGCCCAACCCCGUCAGCGGUCCGGUGAUGUCCAACAUGCAGCCCGGGCAGUGGCAGUCGCCUCCGAUGCCGCAGCAGCAAGCAAUGCAGCCGGGAAUGGCGAGACCGGUCAUGCCGAUGGCGACGGCGCAGGCAGUGGCUGGGCCGAGGAUGCCGGGCGUGCAGCAGCCGCCGCGGAGCAUCCCUCCAAAUGCACUUCAGGACUUGCUGAGGACCUUGAAAUCGCCGAGUUCUCCGCAGCAGCAGCAGCAGGUUCUUAAUAUCCUUAAGUCCAACCCUCAGCUUAUGGCAGCUUUUAUAAAGCAAAGAACGGCCAAAUACGUGGCUAACCAGCCCGGGAUGCAGCCGCAAGCAGGUAUCCAGCCCCAGCCCGGCAUGCAGCAGCCGCAGACCGGCAUGCAACAGCCGGGCAUGCACGCUCAGCCGGGAUUGCAGAACAUGAACGCGAUGCAAGCGGGAGUGCAGAGACCGAGCGUUCCUCCCCAGCAGCAAGGGAUAGGAGCGAUGAAUCCCCAGGGCCAAGCGAUCAACAUCAUGAACCCCGGCCACAACACUAGCAUGGCGAGCAUGAAUCAUCCGCAGUACCGAGAAAUCCUGAGGAGGCAACUGCUGCAGCAGCAGCAACAGCAGCAGCAGCAGCAAGGAGGGGCCGGCAUGGCAGCGGGGAUGGCCGGCCACAACCAGUUCCAGCAGCCCCAAGGACCGGGAGGUUACCCCCAAGCCAUGCAGCAGCAGCGGAUGCAGCAGCAUAUAUCGAUACAGGGGGGGUCCAUGGGACAGAUGGCUCAGAUGGGACAGCUGAACCAGAUGGGCCAGCCCGGCCUGGGAGCGGACGGCGCUCCCAACAUUCAGCAAGCACUGCAGCAGAGGAUCCUGCAACAGCAGCAGAUGAAGCAGCAGAUAGGGUCUCCGGGCCAGCCCAACCCCAUGAGCCCGCAGCAGCACAUGCUCUCAGGACAACCGCAGGCGUCUCAUCUCCCCGGCCAGCAGAUCGCCACCUCCCUCAGCAACCAGGUGCGGUCCCCAGCGCCCGUUCAGUCUCCCCGUCCCCAGUCCCAGCCGCCACAUUCCAGCCCGUCCCCGCGGAUACAGCCCCAGCCGUCGCCGCACCACGUCUCGCCCCAGACUGGUUCCCCCCACCCAGGACUCGCAGUUACUAUGGCUAGCUCCAUGGAUCAGGGACACUUGGGCAACCCGGAACAGAGUGCAAUGCUUCCACAACUAAACACCCCCAACAGGAGUGCGUUGUCAAACGAAUUGUCUCUGGUCGGUGACACCACCGGGGACACGUUAGAAAAAUUUGUGGAGGGUUUGUAGCAUUAUGGGAGCAUCACUUUUAUUUUGGGGGGGGGUUUUCGGGGGUUGUUUUUUUUUUUUUUUUUCUCGUUUUCCUUUCGUGUUCUUGGACGUUUUGUACUGAAAAUUCAGACAUCCGGGCUGUUUUGGAUCCUGGAUGGAACUGCUGCUUCCCGCACGCGGAAGAACGAAUUGCUGUUUAAAAAAAAAAAACAAAAACAACAAAAAAAAAACGACACAAAAA